GGCGGAUGUUGUCGUUCGCGAGGGCUAACACCGGCAAGAUGGCGUUGAGCGGCGGGCAGCUAGGAGGCUUAUUCGAUCACCACGUCCAAAGGGCUGUAUGCGACUCGCGGGCCAAGUAUCGAGAGGGGCGCCGCCCUCGCGCUGUCAGGGUUUACACGAUCAAUUUGGAAUCUCGGUACUUAUUAAUACAAGGAGUUCCUGCAGUCGGAGCCAUGAAGGAAUUAGUUGAGCGAUUUGCUUUGUAUGGUGCAAUUGAACAGUAUAAUGCUCUAGAUGAAUACCCAGCAGAAGACUUUACAGAAGUUUAUCUUAUUAAAUUUCUCAAUUUACAAAGUGCAAGGAUAGCCAAGAGAAAAAUGGAUGAACAGAGUUUCUUUGGUGGAUUGCUUCAUGUGUGCUAUGCUCCAGAAUUUGAGACAGUUGAAGAAACCAGAAAAAAAUUACAGGAGAGGAAUGCUUAUAUAGCAAGAACUACUAAGAACAAAGAUCAUUACAUGACAAAGAAGAAGCUGGAUACAGUGCAUAAACAUGAAAGAGAUUUUAGACAGGACUUCCAUUCGAAGACAUCUGGAUUUUCUGCGGCCACUUUGAACACUUCCACUGGGAACUCAGAUCUUUGUCUUCCUUAUUCUUGUGAGUUGCCUUUGUGUUUUUUCUCCCCAAAAUGUAUGUGUUCAUUGGGAGCACAUGAGGACAGAGCAUCAGACUCCUGUCAGGAGGGUAGAAACUGUGAUGGAACACUAGAGUUCUGUAACCGCAAUGACACUCUGCAGAAAAUGCAGGUGAAAACUUGUAAAAAUUCAUUGGGUUGCCCUGGGGCGCAGAAGGCUGUUACUUCUUCAGAGGCCAUAGACAGAUUUAUGCCAAGGACAACACAACUGCAGGAGCGGAAAAGGAGACGAGAAGAUGAUCGUAAACUUGGAGCUUUCCUUGAAGCCAGCACAAGUAGUAACGAGGUUAUGAUUGGGCCUCUGUUACCAGACAUACCUAAAGUGGACAUGCAUGAUGACUCAUUGAAUACAACAGCGAAUUUAAUUCGGAAUAAACUUAAAGAGGUAAUUUCAUCUGUGCCAAAGCCUCCAGAGAACAAGCUGGAAGAUGUGCAUAGAAGUCAUCCUUUAAAACAAAGGAGAAGAAUAUAAAUUGCCUGCAGCAAAUUAAUAUUUUUAGAGGACUAUUUUUUAUUUUUAGGCUGUCAUUUUAAUUUUUGGAGAUUUUACUACUGGUAUUUUUUUUUAAAUGCACCCCCCUUUAAGCUACUUGUCUGAAAUAGUUUCAUCUAAGCUAUAGUUUCAUUUAAGCUACUUAACUAAAAUAGUUUCAUCUUUUAAAAUUAGUUUAUCAUGGGAAAAAUACAUAAUAGCCAGUUAUAUCCCUGACAAAAUAAUAAUAAUAUUAAUAAUAACAAUAAUAGAACUUUUCCAGAAGCUCCAACCAGUGACUGUGCUUACAUCUUAUUGGCUAGAACUGGGCCCAUGGCUGUCCCUGAGAAGUUUCCAACUUCUGUGGUUGAGAAAGCAAGAAAAAAGAGGGUUGUGAAUGGCUAAUUAGCCAAUAUUUAUACCUAUAUAGCUAAUUGCCAAUAUUUGCACCAAGAUCCAAGGUGGCUGGCUGACUUAACAAAUAAAUAAAAUUAGUUUAUCAUUACUUAUUACACAUUA